GUCGACUUCAAGCACGUGCCAUCACAAGCGCUCCGUGUACAAUGAAAAAGACCUCUGCCUUGUUAGGGUUUGCUUCCACUGCAGAAUCUGACAGCUGUCUCACAUGUGGCUAUGGAGAAUGACGCUGCCCGUGAUUCUUUAAUGGUAAAAGCUAAAAAGUUAUCUCAACUUGGUUAUCAGGAUUGGCGGUCCACACGGGGCUCACAGAGUUGUUUACAAAGAGGGUUUUGAGAAAGGGGAGUUAAGAGAUUGGAGAGAGAGAAGAUGCUGCUCAAGAGUUCUUCCACUCCUAUUCUUGGAUCACUCAUCUCAUGUUCCUCAGCAGUAUUCUCUGAUAACCCUAACAAUGGCCACCAAUUGCACCACCAGUGCCUUGAGAGGACUAACUCCUCUUCCUCCACCAUCCUCCACGGAAUCUGCUGCCGUUACUCCCAUAUCUUGGAUUCCUCUGAACGAGACGCAUCUGCCGGCUUGAUUAGAAGAAGUCAUUCCGAAGGAAGUAUUAAGGAUCUCCUCUCCAACUGCUCAGUUGAUUCCCAAUUCCAAAGGUCACUGAAGCCCUCUUCUUCCCGCCGCCGGGAUGUAGCUCUGGAGACGGCCCCGUCACUCUCCUUGUACAGCUAUGUAACUGUUGAAGAAGACGAGGAGGAAAAGCUGCAGGAGCAGGAUGACUUCCAGAUUGAUGAGAAAUUUAGCUUCCUAGACCAUGGAGAGUAUAACGGUGGCGAGCUAAGCCAGAGGGCUUCCCAGCCCCUUUUCCUUGCGAGAGGGCUUGGAAUCGAUCGCCUGGCUUCAGGGCUCAUGGACCUUGGCGUUAAUGAUGGAGCAGUUGUGAUUGGUGCUGGUAGUGGUGAUGGGAGAGAUGGGAAUUAUUCUGUGAAAACUGACUAUGGAGGAGAAGAUUAUGAGCUUGAAAUUUAUUAUAAGAGGCUGAUUGAAGAGGACCCUGGUAAUGCAUUGAUUCUGAGGAACUACGCCCAAUUUCUUCAUCAGUGCAAAGGGAACCUUGCUCAAGCUGAAGAAUACUACUCCCGUGCCAUCCUCGCUGAUCCCGAUGAUGCUGAAACCCUCUCGCAGUAUGGCAAGUUACUAUGGGAGCUUCACGGUGACUUUGAAAGGGCUUCAGCCUACAUCGAGCGUGCUGCUAACAUGGAUCAAAAUAAUUGUUUUGUUCAAGCUGCAUACGCCUCCUUUUUGUGGGAAGCUGGUGGAGAAGAAAUUGGGGAAGACGAUAGAUCACAGGAAGUCUAUGGGGCGCCAUUCUUCCACAUCGGCGCAUUGGCUUCGGCAGGUGCUUAAAUAAUGAAGACGGACAAGCAAUAGGAGAUAUUACUUUUGAGUGUUCAUUAGAAGGUAUUCCGCAAAACUGGUGAAUUUGCUAAGCAAUAUGUGCAAAUAAUAAGCUGUUAUUGAUGAAUACUGCAAAGUUCUUUGGACGCCUAAAGGGCCAUUAUGAAACUUUCAAUUAAAUACAUCCUUUGUUACCGGUUUCUUGGGGCUCAUUUUACAGUUUAUAGACAGAAAAUAUAUUUUAAUAAAUAAUAUUUUUAUUUU